AUUUCUCAAUUUCUCCCUGCAGCGUGGCAUUUAAUCUCUCACACUUUAGACCUAAACACCUAAUUAAAACCCCCCCAAAUCGCUUCAUAUGGCAGAGCGCCUGUCUCUCACACUCAACAACAACACCAUGGCUUCCUCUUUUCGAACUCAAAUCUCCGCUUCUCGUCUCCUCCGCUUCUCCUCCUCCGGAUCUAAACUCUCUUUCCCCUCGUCAUCUCUCUCCUUCACCAGAUCUCUCGUCUCUUCUCCGCUUCUCUCUCAGAAGAGAAGUCAAGCUACGUUGGUGAAUCGGAGCUUCAGCUCGGCUGCAACCAGCCAAUGUACGGCAGCUACGGAUCCUGAACAGUUGAAGAGUGCUAGAGAAGACAUCAAAAAGCUCCUCAACACCAAGUUUUGCCAUCCAAUCUUGGUUCGUUUGGGGUGGCAUGAUGCUGGUACCUACAACAAGAACAUAUCGGAGUGGCCUCAGAGAGGUGGAGCUAAUGGCAGUCUCAGAUACGAGAUUGAGCUUAAGCAUGCUGCUAAUGCUGGUCUUGUAAAUGCUUUAAACCUUAUUCAGCACAUCAAAGACAUGUACUCUGGGAUCUCGUACGCUGACCUUUUCCAACUGGCCAGUGCUACUGCUAUAGAGGAAGCUGGAGGACCUAAAAUACCCAUGAAAUAUGGAAGAGUUGAUACCUCUGGUCCUCAUGAAUGUCCUGAAGAAGGAAGGCUUCCUGACGCUGGUCCUCCUUCACCCGCUAAUCAUCUCAGAGAAGUCUUCUACAGAAUGGGUUUAGAUGAUAAGGACAUAGUUGCAUUAUCUGGUGCACACACCUUAGGAAGAUCCAGGCCAGAACGUAGUGGUUGGGGGAAGCCAGAAACGAAGUACACGAAAGAAGGACCGGGAGCACCAGGAGGACAGUCAUGGACACCAGAGUGGUUGAAGUUUGACAAUUCUUACUUCACAGAAAUCAAGGAAAAGAGAGAUGAAGAUCUCCUUGUCCUGCCCACUGAUGCUGCCAUCUUUGAAGAUCCUUCUUUCAAGGUGUAUGCUGAGAAGUAUGCUGCAGAUCAAGAUGCUUUCUUCAAGGAUUAUGCUGAAUCCCAUGCGAAACUGAGCAAUCUUGGAGCAAAAUUUAACCCUCCUGAGGGUAUCAUUAUCUAGUCGGCAUCUAAUUUACUCUGUCGAAGUACUGGUGUUUUUGAAAAAAAUAAUGACAAAGAAGAAAGGGAACAUUACUCGAGAGAUCUUUUCUUCUUAGUUUUGCAGAUAUCUUUUGGACAAUGUUUCUGCACAAAGGAGUUGGUUGAGUUUCUUUUGCCUUAACUAUUGGUCGUUCGUGUCAUGGUUGAAUUGUCGUAUUGUUUGUUGCAAUAACUUGAAAAUCGGGACA